AUGAACCCACUGCAAGGUACGAGGUGGCAAUUUGAAAAGACUUGUGGGAAAUUGCUUAAAUGUGGCCAUCACACCUGUGAACAAGUGUGCCAUGCUGAAGCUUGUGGGGACUGCCCAAGAAGUGGCUUGCGAAAAUGUCCCUGUGGAAAAAUGUCUGUUCAGUUACCCUGUACUAAGGAUAUUCCCACUUGUGGUGAUACCUGCAAUAAAAAUUUGUCUUGUGGUGUACACCAAUGUCAACAACGUUGCCAUUCUGGACAGUGUGAUAUUUGUCGUCAAACAAUAGUGAAAAAAUGUCGUUGUGCGCAAAGGAGAAAAGAAGUGCCUUGCUGCAAAGACUACAUUUGUGACAUGAAAUGUCAGAAGAUGAGAGACUGUGGGCGACAUCAGUGCAAACGGAAGUGCUGUGAUGGCAGAUGCCCUAUUUGUGAACAAGUGUGUGGUAGAUCCUUAUCAUGUCGAAAUCACAAGUGCUCAAGUAAAUGUCACCAAGGACCAUGUUAUCCUUGUACCAUGACUGUUGACAAAUACUGUUUCUGUAAAUCUACCUACAUCACUGUUCCAUGUGGUCGGGAAAAAGUCAUAAAACCACCAAAAUGUAACCAAACAUGCAAGAUUCCAUCUGAUUGCCACCAUCCUGAUCGUAAGCCACACCGAUGUCAUUUUGGAGACUGUCCACCUUGUAAGAAUGUUUGUAACAAUCAACUCCCUAACUGUUCUCAUUUCUGUCCAAUGCUAUGCCAUGAUGCUGUCAAGGUUAAGAAACCAAUCAACCCGUUGUUGUAUUCCAAUAAACAUAAAAUUGUGGACCAGUUUGAAAAAAUAAAGAAACCAUGCCCUCCUUGUCAAGUAAUUGUGGAACAAAAAUGUCUUGGGAAACAUGAAGUAAAUGAAUUUGCUUGUUCAGCUGUUGUUCCGUAUUCUUGUAAGAGGGCUUGUAACCGUUUACUUCCCUGUACCAAUCAUUCAUGUGUCUUAGAAUGCCAUGAAGUUAAAAAUGCUGCUGAUGAGAAAAGUGCUGGAUCCAAUUGCUCAAAAUGUGAAGAGGAAUGUUCAAAACCACGACUCCCUGGUUGUAAUCAUGAGUGUUCAUUACCAUGUCAUUCUGGUGACUGUCCACCAUGUUCAGAGAUAAUUCGAAUGCGCUGUCACUGUCGAAACAUACUGAAAUACAUUCAGUGUUACAAAUGGACUACUGCUGAUACAGAAUCAAAAUCUGUCUUAAAGUCUUGUGGACUUGAUUGUCCUAAAGUGAUGCCAUGUGAUCACAAAUGUCCUAUGAUUUGUCACCCUGGAGACUGUUGUCCGAAUGGCUGUGAGAAGAGAAAGUCUGUUCGCUGUCCAUGUAAACGCAGGAAAAAAGAAUUCAUUUGUUCAAUGGUAACAUCAGGGAAAGCCCAGGUGAAAUGUGACGAUGUGUGUAGAGAGAUUCAAUUAAAGCAAAAGCAGAUGCAGGAAGAAGCUGCUAGAAAGAAACAGGAGGAAGAAGAAAGAAAACAACGAAUGGAAAUUGAAGAUUUUGAACGGAAAACUAAAAGAAUUGGUCGAAAGAAACGCAACAGGGUCUAUGAAGAGAAAAUUGAAUUGACUUUCAUGCAGAAAUAUGGCAAAACUGUCAUUACUGUCAGCAUUGCAGUGAUUGCUGUAGCUGCUGGUAUCUUUUACAUGUCUUCAUAAGUUUAUUUAUCUGAGAAUUAAUAGCCGUAUCAUCACAUUUUAAAAAUAUAACAAUCACAGGGGUUGGGGGACAAAAGAAAUAGCCAGAAACAAUCAUUCAAAAGCAAGUGUUUGUUUGGCCAUACGGGAUUUCUUUGUGAACAGACUUGUGAUCACAAGCAGUCUAUUUAUGACCAUCCCAUCUAUUCUUUAGACACAGUAUAUUUAGGACUAGAUUACCCAAUGUGUCCUUCAGUUCUAAGAUGAUAGGAUGUGAUUUGAGUGAUAUUUUGCUGCUAUUUCUAAGAAAUUAAGAAGAUAUGUUUAUUCUCUACUUUGGAUACUGACUUAAGAUGAAUAUUGUUCACAGGUUAAAAGAUUCACCCUUUUAUUAACUAUGGGUAGUAAUGAUGAGUCUACUUAGUAUUAUGAUAAAGACCUUGGGUAGGUCAGUCAUUUACGGCUUUAGGUUUGUUACUGACUGACAUGAUCGUCUACAGGCAGAUUACUUGAAUUUUUUUUUUGCAACUGUUACUGGGCCCUUCUACCUCUACACAGCGACAAGGAUGCUGAGGCUGCAAUAAUGUGAAAUGAUUGCUAUUGAGAUAGGUCAAAUGGCUAAGUGUAUAACUCAAUGGUUUAUCACUUUAGCCCUUUCUAUUCUCAUUCUAUGCAGGAUACCUUAUUUAACUUGCCUCAAGUCUCCUAGCAGUUGAAAUUAGGGUGCCAUGUCUUUAGGAAAGACAUCUUCAAUAUACUGGUGUUCUAUCCAGAACUGUCUCUCAUCAGCUUUAUUCUACAGAAACUGUUUGAAAUACUUGUACUACAAAUCCCUAAGUUUGUGGAAAAUGCAAGUAGCUUAACCAUUAUGAGUGGUGACUCUGAAAUCCUAUUAAGAUACAAUGAUUUAACCCUUUUGUUACCAACCCAGCUGAAACCGGCUCUGUGUACAAAUGUCUUGUUUUUAAAAGUUCUCAAUUACAAUCUUCCACCAAACCUUAGUUACAAUUUAUGUCCUUAACACUAGCUGAAUGAUAACUUUACUAAAUU